GCAUCCAUAUAAAGCCCGCAGAUGAGGAGAAAGCAGGUGCAUUAUAGUGCGCAGACAUCAACAGUCUCGACGCGUCUUUUCGCUUAAUAACUAGUCUUACCGCAGUCGUAUUAAAACGGCUGGCAAAAUGCAGUAUAAUCGACAUCGUGUCCGCAUGAAAGGUUUUUGCUGGUGAUUUUUCCCCCUUGAUAGAUGACUUCAAGAAACAAGGACAAAAACUGGACGCUUGCACUUUUUAUUUAUUACUCUGCUCCAGAAAUAAAAUUGGAAACGGAUAUAUGACUCGCACGUUUCACCAGUCCUUGAGGUUAUUCGUUGUUCACAUUUAUUGACUGCUAUACCAGCUCACCUCGGAAGGAAAGAGGGAUACUUGAACCUCAUGCCUCCACAAAGCCAUUCAUGAGGCAAGGCUUCCUCCACACCAACAGACCAGCAUGGAGAAAGGGGUCCGAACACGACAUGAAACAGGAGCCGCAGAUGAGAAAGAUCCUCUUACUCAUGGAAAGACCCCAAUAGCGGGGAGUUCAGACUUGGGACAUGAAUGUUGCAAACGUAAUGGUCUGAUCAAUACCCACAAGCUCAUGGUGGAGACUAAGGAAGGACUGGUGUCGGUCUAUUCUGCCCCACAGUACCAGGGCCAUGUGGUGUCCAAGGACAUAAAUGGGACACCGGAUGGUCGAGGACCCCCGCAAUUGCUCAACCCCAGCGCCCUGCCCCAGGCUAUAGACCCUUACUACAGACCCAACCUCCUUCUGUACCCCGAGAGCGUGUUGAGAGCAUGGGGAGAUGGGGGGGACUGCUGUGAGACCACCUUCAUUGAGGAGAUGACCCCGGCCUCGUCCGGCUCCGCUGUCACUAGAGACAGACUUCUGUUCACAGACAGCAAGCUGCUGGAGCUCUCUAUGGAAGACGCCAAGAUCCAGACACUCUCCUAUGAUGUAGAUGACGACGAUGAUGAAUUUCAAGAACUCGAGAGUGAGUACUCAAGUGACUCAGAGAGUGAAGACAAUUUCCUCCUGAUGCCUCCGAGGGACCACCUGGGCCUCAGUGUUUUCUCCAUGAUCUGCUGUUUCUGGCCCUUGGGCAUCGCAGCUUUCUGCCUGUCUCACGAGACUAACAAAGCGGUGACUAAAGGAGACUUUCACCACGCCAGCUCCAGCUCCAGACGUGCGCUCUUCCUCGCCGUGCUGUCCAUCACCAUCGGGACUGGCAUCUACGUGGGUGUGGCUGUGGCCCUUAUCGCAUACCUCUCCAAAAACAAUCACUUGUAGCCUUCCCAUGCCCAAAUCACUCUCACAGUUAGAUAAAGACUGGUUCACUUUUGGAUCAGCUUCUUUGGGAAACACCCGAUGGUCACGAUACGGGACUCACCAGCAAUGUGUUCCACUCCUGCACUUUGAAAAGUCGCGUUCCCAUUUUGUUGGGAAGAUCAUUGUUUGGGUAAACUGUCUUGGUCACGUUUCUGCAUUUUCAUGUGAAUGUGCUGCCACCAAUAUUGUUUUUUUUUUUUUUUUUUUUUUGCGCUCAGUGUUUGUGCAAGUGCAAAUUUAAUGCUACACACACGCACACGUUUUGGGCCAAAUUAAAGUCAAUAUGAAAUCGAAAUGGACCUGAUUUAUUUUCUUAAUGCAUGUUCUUAAUCAUGCUGAAUUCAUCAAAAUGUAUUUAUUUGCUCUGCCACUGCACAAUUUAGCAUUUUUGUCAUCAAUCCAGUCAGUUCCCAUUGGAUGAAAUCAGGGACCGGUUGCACCAGCUGUGCGCAAGUUACAGCUUAGCCUAUUUUGACGCAAAGGUCCACUAAAUUACAUCUUACGGUGUGUGCACACCAAAAGCAAAAUCAAUUACAAAGCAAAUCAAUGCAAACAGGCAUAUAGACACAAAUUUGUGCUGGGCGAUGCGAAUGACGCAAAUUGGGUGGCGCGGUUGUCGAUAAAAAAACGCGAUAUUUGCCUCAAUCGUGUAUUCUGCAAGUUGUAAAAUUUCAACUCAAAGUGGAAAAUUUGCAUGAUGCAUUGUCACGCAAGGCAAUCAGCAAAAAGCUUAUUGACACGUCUGGUUUGACAUGUUCGUUUGUAUCAGAAAAUCUUUUUGUUGUUUUCAUGCUUUUAUUUGUGUGAGUAAUGCAAAAACAUCCUGCGACUACACUAGAGUGAGAAAACUGUUGGAAUAGAAUAGCAGACAGACUGAAUUGCAUCAAUAAGCUCAUGAUUUACCUGACAAACUACAAUUCUUUAGAUAUACAAUGUACACUUUAAAAAAUGCUGGGUUCUUUCAACCCAACUUUGGGUCACAUAUGGACUAACCCAACUUUUGGGUUAAAAAUGUUAUGUAAAAAUUUAACCCAACUGUUGGGUUAGUCCAUCUUUGACCCAAAGUUUGUUUGAAACAACCCAGCCUUUUUUCGAGUGUAGGGGCGUUUAGAUUUUUUGGGGGAUUAUUUUAAUGAUUAUUUAACAAUAUUUUGUAGAGUGUGUUUUUGUGCUGAUCGGUCGGAUUAUGGCACUUAUGGAUAAAUAAAUAUGACACUAAAACCUCCAGUAAAUCCAUGUCUUAAUGAUAAAGUGAUUCAUUGAAUCGUUCGUUCAAAUGAUUUGUUCAAAAUGGCUGAUUCGUUUAGAAACAAAGCAAGUCACUGUCUUUGUGAAUGGAUCAUUGAAUCAUUGACUCAAAUUAUUCAUAAAAAAAUAGAUUAAUUCAGGAACAAAACAGCAGUAUUUCUCUGAGAUGUAAAAAUGUAUACAAAACUAUUUUCAUUGACGAAAAAGAAAAAAAGACAAUUGUGUUUAAUGUAAUAACGAGUGUAUAAUAAUCCUUAAUAUUAACUUAUUGUUUGUUGAAUGAUUGUAUAAAAUCAAUAUCACAUUUGCAAUCAGUCACACUCUGCACCCUUGCUUGUGUGAUGUUACUUAAGUCUUAUAAAUGUCUUAUAAAAAGAUGUGUUUUUGUUUGUUUUUUUGCCAAGUGGAUGACAUUGAUAAUGUCAGCUCGCACAUCGCUAACACAACAAUUAUGAUACUGCAGACAAUACGUAUUGAACACCCCUAAUAUGAUGACAUUUACUCUUGUUUACAUUUUGAGAGAACAUUAUGUGAAAAAUAUUGUUUACGAACCCAGUGCUUACAAUCUACUGGCUACACUCUGCCUUAUAGGAACAAAUGGUGCAACAAAAAUCAAGCACAGUUAGCUACAAACUAUCUAGUAGUUACUAAAAAUCUAGUGUGGACUUGUUCCCAUUUAAGACCUUACAAACGGCUGGUGUAACCCUACCCAGGCCCAGGUCCCUACAGUUUUUGUUUUACUUGGAAACAUACAUUUAAGUUAAUUAAAAGGGGUUAAAAACAAAAAUUCACGUUGACUUUAUUAUUGGUUUGUCAUAAUAACAGUAUUUGGUACACCUAAUCUAACCUGUCUAAAGAUCUGAAUGGGAUCUGAAUCCGAAUCUGAACAAUCAGAGAUUUUUCUUGAAUGUUUUUUGGAGUACAUAAAGCAUCUGUCUGAAGUGCCACAGUGCUUUCAAGCCUUUUUAAUAAGAGCUACUGAAUCUUAAGGUCUGACACAUGAAGGGGCAUUUUCAACUGUCUUUUGAUAUUACAGACACAAAAUGAACAUAAAGCCAUAUAGAUGGGUUGCUCAAGCCUGCGCAUGGACUUUUUUCAGAAUGUAUGGAUAAACUCAUUCUCGUGGGGCUGUCACAUUUAAUAUUAACUACUCUGUAAUUAAGUCUUAAGGCUUUCAGUUUAUACAUGUCAGUCUAUGAAGCUGUAAAUGCCUCCGCUGUCACAUUUUCUCCUAAUACUUUGGGAAACACCUCUUGCCAGCAAGCUCAUGCUAAUUAAAUGUGGUCUUUUCAUUCAAACAUG